AUGAUAGAAGGUCUAAAAGUGAAAGCCCUAAUAUGUGUGGUGGAGAUCAUUGAAAACGGAAUCAAUAGCAUACAUGCCAUGGGGAUUCUACUCUUUGCAUUGAAUAUUCUUAAAAAGGCCUCUGUCCUUGUAAGCAGAAUUCUGUGUGCGUGGAAUGGGAAACUAUCUUCUGAGUAUCCCAGGGACCCAAGAAGCAGGCUUGGUAUUUUCAAAAACAUGAACAUUGCAUUUAUCUGCGAUGGAAACAGAAGGUAUGCAAGAAAGCUUGGGCUUGAAGAUAGCUUCAUCAAGGACAAGGGACUCCAGAAGAUAUAUGAGUUCAUCGAAUUUGGAUGUUUCUACGGCAUUAAGGAGAUCUCUUUUUUCUGCUUUGCACUGAGCAACUUCAAAAGAAGUCCGGAGGAGGUGAAUAAACUGAUGGGACUUGUCAAGCAGAAAAUAGAAAGACCUAAGGAGAUAGGCAUCAGACCAAAGUUCCGGGUUUAUGGAAGGCUGGAUCUUCUCGAGGAAGAUGUCAGGAAGAGACUCAUGGAUAUUGAGGAGGAAUCUAAGAACAACACAAGUAUAAUUGUGAACAUAUUUUUUGCAUAUUCUGCAGAGGAUGAAAUCACCAGGGGAAUUCAAUUCAACAGCCAUGUUGACAUACUCAUAAGGACUAGUAACACAAAAAGACUCAGCAACUUCAUGAUCCGCCAAGUUGCAAAGGGGACAUCUGUGUUCUUUGCAAAGGCACUCUGGCCUGAGCUGACAACAGCACAUCUCUUCCUGAUACUUCUGAAGCAUCGACUGGAAAAUAAAUAUUUAUUGGGUUGA